AUGCUAACUUUGAUUAAAAAUGUUUUAAUAAUAAAAUAUAAAAUGCCUGUAGAACAACUUCUGAAGAGCAUAUUUGUAGCAAUUAAUUAUAAUUUCCGAUCAAUCAAGCUUUAUAUUAAUAUUAUUAACAACAUUUUAUCGAAUUAUCCAAUUUCAGAACCAAAAGCUAUUAUUUUAUUUAAUUCUGUUGAAAAAUACAAUUUGCAGUUUAUUCAUAAUACUGAUAACAUUUUUCAUGCAGAAUUUACAGAUGACCCCUUUCCUAAAGAAGAUGAACUUCUUUAUUUUAUAAUUUAUGACCAAAUUGGAAAAUUCAAAGAAUAUGUCACUGAGCAUUCUUUGGAAGACAUUGAUAUAUUUAUUCCAGACAUAUCUUAUAUCUCACCUAUUGAAGCUUGCGCAUAUUUUGGAUCUAUAAAUAUAUUUACUUUCCUUCAUUUAAGUUUAGAUCAAGAAAUUACAGAAGAAUGCCUCAAUUUAUCAUUUAUUGGAGGAAACACUGAUAUUAUCAAUGAAUGUAUGAAAGAGCAAGAUUUGAAUACGAAAUGUUUACAAUAUAUCACGCAAAGUCAUAACAAUAGCUUCUUGGAAUAUAUUUUCAAUAAUGAAAUUUCAGAGCCUGAUAAUUAUAACUAUCCUGCAAUUAUCGAUUCACAAAACUUAAAAGCACUUAUAUAUUUAUUCAAUCAAGACAAAGAUUCAAUUUACCCAUAUUGCGCUGCAUUGCCGCAUAUGCUAGAUAUUCUUCAAAGUGAAAAUUUUGACUUUAGUAAAGUCUCACUAAUGAAUAGAACUGCUCUUCAUUAUGCAGCAAGAUAUCAUAAUAAAGACGCAAUAGAAUUUCUAAUAUCAAAAGGAAUAGAUGUAAACGAAACAGAUGAUGACGAAUCUACAGCCCUUCAUCUAGCUAUUGAUGAUAUUGAAACAGCAAAGAUUUUGCUUGCACAUAAUGCUGAUGUAAAUGUGGAAAAUGAUAAUUUUCUCACACCUCUUCAAAUGGCUAUUCAAUUUGAAAAUAUAGAAAUGGUAGAAUUACUUAUUUUGCAUGGUGCAAAUGUAAAUGUAAAAGAGGAUGACAAUUGGACUCCUCUUCAUGAAGCUGCAAAUAGGAAUAAUAAAGAACUUGUCGAACUACUUGUUUCUCAUGGUGCAGAAGUAAAUGCACAAGACGUUACUGGAGCCACUCCACUUAUUAUGUCGGCGUUUAAAACAAAUCCUGUUAAUAAAGAGAUAAUUGAAUACCUUCAUAUGCAUGGAGCAGAAAUUAAUAAAAGAGAUUAUAAGGGAUUCACAGCAAUUUUUUGUGCAAUUCAGAGAGCUUGUAAAGAAACAAUAGAAUAUCUUCUUUUGAACGGAGCAGAAAUAAACAUCAAAAAUUUUGCCAGUGAGUAUCCUAUUCAUCUUGCUAUAGAAUAUAAUAGCAAAGAAGUAUUAGAACUUCUAAUUAAUCAUGGCGCAAAUAUUAACGUAAAAAGGAAAGGAGGACAAACUCCUCUUCAUUUUGCAAUACAAAGAAAUAAAAUAGAUUUUGUAGAACUUUUCAUAAACCAUGGUGCACGCUUAAACUUCAAAGACAAAAACGGUGAAACACCUCUGCAUUAUGCAAUCAAGUUUAGAAGCCUAAAAUCUAUUCAGCUUCUUCUUUCACAUGGGGCUAAAUACAAUAUCAAAAACCACUAUAAUGAAACUGCACUUGAUUACGCAGAAAAUAGUCUUGACGUAGAAAUAUUUAAUCUUUUUAAGCCAUAUCAAAAGCAAAAAAAAUAA